AAAGUGGGCCCCAGUUAGGUUGCCCUGUAUAGGCCACAUUUGGGCUAUAUUUAGCUAUAUUUGUCAAAAGAAAUCUAUCAUUAAAUUAUUAAUUUGAUGAUAAAUUCAAUUGAUAUGUUUUUUGCGUGUUUUAUAAGAUCAAUAGAUUAACAAAAAAUGUAUAUAUUAACAAUAACAUAGUAUGACCUUUGGUCAAAAAAAAAAAAAAAAUUUGGUUGUGCAGCUUACAGAGUCUCUCAUUGGCUCCUCUGUCUCCCGCCUUCUCAUUCUGAAGAAACGGUCAUCACUCACUACCACUGAUCACCUGACCUGACCUGGAGAACCUGACAUCACUGUCACGGUAGCCUGAAGCAGAACCCUUUGCUGAAAACUGUCAGUAAGAAAGAGCUGGAGACGGCGCUUGGUAAAUGGUUCACAAAUGCAAAAGACAGAGAAAGCAACCGUGCUUUGAGAGCCCAGCGGGACCAUGAUCGGAGGGCAGUACAGCUGGAAGUGUCCCCCGGCAUAAAUUAUUACUGUGCGAGGCAGAGGUGUGCAGCCGAGGAAUCUGCAUAGACCCACCAGUGAACUAUUUUACUCAGUGGAGUGAAUUCAAGCUCUCGGGGAUGAUAGGAAGUUCUUCAUAAUGAGGCCUGGAGCCAUGAAUUUUAGGAUCACCAGAAUUCAUGCAAGCAGCAAAUAUUCCUAUUGAUCACCUGAAGAGUUUCCAGAGGCUGGUAUGAAGAUGAUGGAUGCACGUCAGAUGUUCGUUCUUUUGUCCUUGCUCUCAGGGGCAGUGUUUGGUCGCAAUUUACCUGAGAAACCCAACAAGAGACUCUACUGGCCUUGUUCUGAUACUUCUGUUGGCACAGUCAAACCUUCUUCAGUGCAUUCACUGAGGCCUGCGGACAUUACAGUUUUCUCUGGUGUUGGACUUCCGCGUGCCCCAGGCAGUGUAAUGUCAUCAGUUAUAAGCAGCCUUCACGAUGUGAUGUCCAUGUUCAGUCCCGAGUUUUCCAGUGUGUUACCUGAUGGAUUUAACUCUGUACAAUCCAGUGGUCUGGUAAAUCAGGCUGAACAAGCAGUUUCCCUACUGAACUCCCAACAGUCUGACUGGAAGCUGGUGAUUGUCUUCAUACCAGUUGAUCGACAGUGUAUGUGUGCUGAGCAGGUCACUAUUGUGGCACAGGAAGUGGAUGCUGCUCUACAAGUGCUGCACUCUGAGCUAAAACAGGCCAUAGUGAGUGUUGCCCUCCAGGAAGCUGAAGAUAACAACAGACACAAUAGAAUGUGCUCUUGUCCACUGGUAGAUUCAGUUGAAGAGCUGCGCUUGGAAUUUGCAAUUUAUUCACAUGGUCUUUUGGAAGUUUUAAAAACGACACUUAGAGAGAAGGACUGGUACACCAGAGAGGAUUUCACUGUGCAGCUUCAGGACAUUCCUCUGUUUUCAGAUGUCAACCGUUAUGAGUUGACUUUAGAGAUUUUUGAGAAUCAGAAUGACCUUCAAGCACAGAUACUCUUUCGGCAGCUCUGGGAAAACCUUCUCCAGCCAAACACCAAGAAUGAGAACCUGAACAACUUUAAUAUACCAAUGAUACGGUGUCCAACUGAGCAUCAACCGUUUCUCAGAACAGAGAAGAACUCUCCAUCCACAAUGAGUCCAUCAUCCAGAGAAGCUGAUCCAGCUGCUGAUAAUGUAUUGGGCACUAACAUGGAUUGUGAAGACCUAAGUCCCUCCAACACAAUCCCAACCUCAGUGCAUGCAUUAAGGCCGGCUGACAUCCGAGUUGUGGGAGCAGUUGGUGAUUCCCUAACGGCAGGGAAUGGUGUUGCGUCUACAAACCUGGUGGAUGUGCUGACACAGUACAGGGGAUUAUCAUGGAGCAUUGGAGGAGACGGCAACCUGUCUACUGCCACUACACUUCCCAACAUCCUGCGUGUAUUUAAUCCGGAUCUUACAGGAUUUUCAGUUGGAACAGGGAAACAGAACAGCAAACAAGCUUUCCUUAACCAGGCCGUGGCAGGAGCCAAGAGCUCUGACAUGCAGAGGCAAGUUGAAGCACUGGUCCAAAGAAUGAAGACUGAUAAUCGUAUCAAUUUUUAUUCAGAUUGGAAGGUGAUCACCAUGUUCAUCGGAGGCAAUGAUUUUUGUGACUCGUGCCAAAAACCAAUGUAUUUUUCCCCGGAGAACUUUGUUAACCGAAUUAAGGUAGCACUGGACUUCCUCCACUCUGAGGUUCCUCGUGCUAUUGUUAAUCUGGUGGAGCCAAUUCACAUCACCCCACUGAGAGUUAUGCACCAGGACUCCACUCUGCGCUGCCCCACAUGGCUUGUGAACAUACUCUGUUCCUGCGUUAUUUCACCAGAAGAUGGAUCAGACGCUUUGCAGGACAUAGAAGUUCGGAAUAGAGCUUAUCAGAGAGUGCUGAGAGAGUUGGUGGAGUCUGGCCGUUAUGACACACACUCUAACUUCACUGUGGUGCUACAGCCUUUUCUUAGGGAUAUAGCAGUUCCAAUGCUGGAUGGACGACCUGAUCGAUCAUUUUUCUCUCCUGACUGUUUCCACCUCAGUCAGAAGGCACAAACUCUAAUGGCCCGUGCUCUGUGGAACAACAUGAUAGAGGAGCUGGAGAAUAAAACUCAUAAACAGGACUUUUCUAUAGGACUUCAGACUAAAUGUCCAUCACAGACCUCACCCUUUUUUCAGACCUUUGUGAACAGCAAUUACACAUAUAAAAGCCCACUGCCCCCUCCACCUCAAAUUCCAAACUGGGGUAGUGAUUUCUCCUGCACAGAAACCAAGCCAUCAAUCAGCAUCCCCAACUCAGUUCAUCACUUGCGCCCUGCGGAUAUCAGGGUUAUUGCAGCACUCGGAGAUUCUGUUACUGCUGCGCUUGGAACAAAAUCACAGAAUUACACUCAGUUCCAUACGGAAUACAGGGGAGUUUCAUGGAGUAUUGGAGGUGAUUAUUCAUUGGACACUACUACAACACUGCCAAAUAUCCUGAGACAAUUUAACCCAUUUCUAAAGGGCUUCUCUACUGGUGACGGCGUGUCAGCAAAAGAUGGCUUUAACAUGGCCGUGUCUGGAGCCACAGCCUCUGGUCUUAUAGAUCAGGUGAACAGACUUAUUCAGGCCUUAAAAUCCAGUGAGCAUGUAGAUUUCAAAAUGGACUGGAAGCUAAUUACUGUGUUUGUUGGGGUCAGUGAUUUAUGCCAGUAUUGUAUGGACCAGAACAAUUUUUUACCACAGAACUACAGUCAUCACCUCACGAAUGCUCUGGAUCUGCUGUAUAAAGAGGUGCCUCGUGUUCUAGUAAAUGUUCUUACAGUUCCAGAAAUCGAGGUCUUAAGGAUGGUCAUGAAGAGUUCAUUAGGCUGCAGUUUUUUCCCCAGAGAUGUCUGUCCAUGUCUAAUGACUCCAGCUGACAACUCAUCAGAGCUGAUGGCACUAAAGCUCAUCAAUCAAGAAUAUCAGACUGAGUUGGAACGGCUAAUAUCGGGGCAACGUUAUGAUGGACAUGAAGAUUUCACUGUUGUCCUUCAGCCUUAUCUUCAAAACACAACCAUUCCUUCAGAUAAAGAUGGAAAUCCUGAUCUUAGUUACUUUACAUUAGACUGCUUCCAUUUUAGCGAGCGGGCACAAGCUGAGAUGGCCAUUUCUCUUUGGAAUAACAUGUUGGAACCAGUUGGAAAUAAGCAGACCUUUAACAACUUUACAUAUGAUCGCACAAAACUUAAGUGCCCAACAGAGACUCUCAGACCAUUUAUUUAUACCAAGAUGAACAGCCACCCUGAUUACUUCACAACAUCUACAAGCACCCCAGUGUCCAGCACCGCAGUGUCCAGCACCCCAGCUCCCUGUACUGGUGGCAUUCCUGUGUGGGUACCAGCCAUAUUUGGGGUUGCAGGUUUACUCCUUGGUUGGGGGGUCACAUGGCUAUUUAUGCGCCGGUUUAUUAAGAAGCAGAAGAAUGAAGCCAAAGUAAGGGAAAGGGAAACAGAGAUUAAGGGAACUAGCUUCUAGCACUGAGAUACAAUUACACUGCCAUUGACUUUGGACUGCAAUGCCUUUAUCAAAUUGGUUGUGUAUGUUUAUGACAAGAUAACACACACACAAGGCUAAAAGGGUUUCAUGCAAAAGGGUACCUAAUCCUUUAAGUGUAGCUUCGCUACUGUUGGUAUCUAAUCUAUGAAGCAGCUGUAAUGGCAGUCAUGUUUUAAAAAUUUCUAACACCUACUUAUUAGACACCUACUCAUUAUCACAUACUCGUAUUAGAAAUGCACAGUUGCAAUACACAAAUUGAUCACAAUACAGUGAAAUAUUUGUCUUAACAUAUCCCAAUGAGCUGGUGUCUAAACAUGGUACGCCAUGAUACAGUGCCCUGAAAAAAAAAGUUGAAGAUUAAACACCUAAUUUUAUUUUAGAGUUAAUGUUACUCGCCAAUGUGUCACACUUUCAUCCUCAGAACAGCUUCACAAUAAUUAUCAUAUGAUUAUAUAUGAUAUAAAGGCUUUGCAACUUUAUGUAACCCAUGAGGAAUAUACUAUACUGUAAUUCUCUAGA